CAAUUCCGUUGCCAUGACAGCAAACACUACAGAUUCUUUGGGGAAUGUUGUCUGGUGGGGGUUAUCACCUGCGAUUAAUUUUUGCUCAUGUCUCAACGAAUUUCUCUCCAAUAAACACGACUUAAAUGAAAGUUAUAGUGUACUUUGUGUUGGGAUGGGGGAUUCAAGGCAUAUAGUGAAAAGUAUUUCUGCUGAUUUGAAAAAGCCAGUGGGAUUUAAAACUGUAAUUUUGUUCCUUAGCCUGCCAAUAAUAUUCGUAGUUUUAUUUGAUUGAGCCAUUAAUUGAAGCUUAUGCUAGGCAGAUGCUUCAACUGUAUAUUGCCCUUGAACCCAAUAAAAGAUUAAGUCUCCAGGAAAAGUCGGAGAUAUAUUUAGAAUUAUAUGGUAAUAUAAUGGUCCGAGAUAUUUCAUCAAAAUAUUUGACACAUGUUGCUGACAAGCUAAUAAGAAUGACAACUAAUCUAGAUGGCCCUUUGUCUUUGGGAUUUAUCGAUGUAUUUCACUUAAAAUUCAAGGAGCGGGAUAUGUUGGAAUCUGUACUUAAAUUCUGGCGUGGUAGGGAACAGACGAAAUUUGAUGCAUCUAAAUGUUGGGACUUUCGUCUGAGGAAGCAUCUAGGCACGCGAUAUGAUGCUAUUCCAAAUGUUUUCGAUUGGGACUGUAGUAUUACGUUACAUGACCGCAAGGCUACUCAAAUUAAUUCUAGAGAAUAUGCACAUUGGCGUCACUAUGGGAACGCAUUUGAACUUCGAGAAACUAAUUACAACACUAUCAAUAGGAGUUUAGCAUCUGGAAGAGUGUUUAAAAAUUCUGCUGGCGACAAAGGGGUUUAUUGGGGUUACUGGGGUGACAUAGUCUGUUCACCAUAUUUAUCAUUUGGCAUUGAUACAUCUGAAUACCCUGAAUUAAGUCGUCGUGUAAAUGGCAAACAUGCAUAUUCUGCAACAACAAUAUCUGAAGUAAACAUACGUAAAAUAUUUUGGCAGUUGUUGAAUCAACAACAAUGUCCAAUUUCUAUUGCUGCACCUUUCUUGGAGCCAUCAACUACCGAAGAUGAUGGACAGGUUUCUGGUGAAAAAGUUGAAUGUCAGCAGGAUAAUUCUUCAGCUGAUAAUAAAGAAUUCAUUGCUACACAGACAACCGACAAGUUCAUUAAUGGAGAUGCAAAGUCCAAAGAAUCAGAAGAAGGAGAGUUAACAAUUACAGAGGCUGACAAAUCAAAGCAAACCUAUAGCAAUUCAUUUGAAGCAAAAUUUGAAGAUAUUGAGUAUACUCCGUUAGAUGUCGCAAACACAUUCAAAAUGAAGUUUCUUCCAUUGAAUAGCUUCUUAGACUUACCUACAAGAUAUCGAUCAUUAUUUCUCAAAGAUGAUGAUUCUCCUUCUUCAGAGAGAAAUCGUUUCCGAAUAGUCUAUAUCGGAAAUAGUUUAGUUCAUCUGUUGUCUGAUCUUCAUUCGAGGGAAAUGAAGCGCAAAAAUUUGAACGUGAAGUCACAGGACACUGAGACGUCAAAGGAGAAUUCAGAGACAAUAAAAGAUGAAACUGAAGUUAGAAAAGAAAACAAUUUAGAAAGUGACUUGUUACCUACUGAGUUCUCUUUCACUGAUCUUUUGGAAGAUGAAGCAUUAUUGAUUGUAGAAUCUGUGUUGUACAUUGUUGAAAUUCGUGCUGAACAAGUCAAAGCCUAUUGCGAACAUGUGAAACAGAUGGCAUGUGAUCUGGAUUUCGAAGUUGCAAAAGAAAUCAAUCCUCUUGAAGAUCAUCAUUUAUAUUUUCGGUUCAAGAGGAAAUCAAGUUCUCCAAGCUUAUAA